AUGAUCAGAAAGUUUAUUGGAAAAUCCCAUGAGGUCCCCGACACUGAGCAGCAGAUCCAUCUUGUCCAAAUGCUCAGAAAAGUGGAGAAUGGGGUUAAGAUCCCACAGGACAGUCAGCUCACGGACAAAGACCUCAAAACCAUUGGGAAAGCUACUGCCAAAAGCUCGCUGCAGGAGUGUGGCUCGGUCUCUGCUCUAAUCUCCAUUGGGACUGGACUCGAAGAGGACCACUUCGACAAAAGCGGUAUCCUUGGAAAGAGCGCUCCCGAGUGCGCAGGCGAGCACCAGGGACGCCAGAAGCAGCGAGUCGGCUACGCGAUCCAAGCCUCUCCGCGGUAG